GCUUGAUCUAUCUCCACGACCAUGUUCUCUCAACGCGUUUCAACAAGGCUACUGCAGCACAGUCGCCACUUCUCGUCGACAACCUUCCGGAAUGCCGACUUUACACACGCUGUCAUCGGUGCUGGCGCCGUUGGUCUGGCAAUCGCACGUCGUCUACAGCAAGUAGAGGGAGCAUCAGUCGUGUUGAUUGAGAAGCAUGGUAUGGUCGGAACCGAGACCAGCAGUCGUAAUUCAGAAGUCAUCCAUGCAGGCAUAUACUAUGGCGCCGACAGUCUCAAGACGAAAUUCUGCGUACAAGGCAAAGAGAUGAUGUACGAUCUCUGCCGGAAGAACAGCAUCUCGCACAAGAACUGCGGCAAGUGGAUCGUCGCCCAAACCGCCGAACAAAUGGGCGAAUGCGAGAAAGUCCACGACUUCGCAAAGUCCAUCGGUGUACCCAUACGCUACAUCUCCAAAGAAGAAGCCCAACGCCGCGAACCAGAAGUCCGAGCAGAAGCCGGAGCAUUGGAGAGUCCAACGACUGGCAUCGUCGAUUCGCACGCCUACAUGCAAUUCCUACAAGGCGACUUCGAGAAUGAAGGCGGCACACUGGCGAUCCAAAGUCCCGUCACACGAAUAGAAUCGCCUUCAUCGAACGGCACCCCCGACUGGAAAAUCUGGACCGCCACCGAAGCAUCAGACAUAACCGCUUCCUCUCCCAUCCCACAAAUCCCCGAGCAAAGCCCUCUCCCCGACGAAGACACAUUCAUCACCGCCGAAACAGUCAUCAACAGCGCGGGACUCUACGCCAUCGCCAUCAACAACAUGAUCCUACCUCCAGAUCGCCACCUCAAACCUUUCUACGCUAAAGGCUCGUAUUUCACCUACUCCAAGUCACAUCCCAAACCCUCGACGCUCAUCUACCCGGCUCCUACACCCGGUCAUGGAGGUCUGGGAACUCAUUUAACGAUCGAUAUGGGUGGGCAGAUACGCUUUGGACCGGACGUGGAGUGGGUGGAUUCGCCGCAUGAUUUGGCACCUACAGCUAGUGCGGAGCGAUUUGCGGCUGCGAUUGAGGAGAUCAAGUCGUAUUUGCCUGGGAUUGACGUCGAUGCGGUUUCAUUGGGAUACUGCGGUAUCAGGCCGAAACUCGGGAAAGCCAGCGCGACUGCCGGUGGGAAGACGUUUCAAGACUUUUACAUCAAGAGAGAAGAGGGUGUGCAAGGCUUUGUGAACCUCCUGGGCAUCGAAAGCCCCGGUCUGACAAGCAGUCUAGCCAUCGCGGAAGAAGUGCAUAGAUUGCUAUAUCGUUAA